CCCGGGAUCACCAUUGUGACAUCGACUCGAUGACGAAUCCGAAGAGCGGCGACAAGGAGUUCUCCUCCCCCGUGCAGCCCCAUUCCCUUUCUGUUGCUCCUCAGAGCCGCAGUAAUGUUUCCGAGAUCCCAAAGGGCGCAGAUGCGGUUCGCUCGGCGUCAUCGCCGCAGUUGAUGGCCACGAAGCUGCCGCGAUCCAAAGUGUAUCGUAAAACAUCCCUCAAGUGCGAGAUCGACGUCGGUAACGGCGAUGGCGGCAGCGACGACGCUUACCAAAGAAAAAGUGUCGUGCGGUACGUGAGCGCUGUCGCGGAGAAGAAGCAGAAGAGGAGGAGCCUCACGGGGAAGGAAACCGACGCAAUUGCCAGGAGCGAGAAUACCAAGUGGAAUCCCGAACAUGUCCACAUCACGUGUAAUCCGCUAUCGACGCCGUAUCCGUACUCAACGCCGUCAGCGACGACGACCACGACCACGACAGCCACCACCGUCACCACCGCCAGCAAGACGACUACGGUAGAGCGUGACGAAGAGCCCAAGAGUCGCACCUGUGGCAGCUUCUUACCCAUACUCGCGCUGAUCCCGCAGUCAGUAAUCAGCUUUCAAUAUCUCAGCCCGAAAAUGAAGUUCUCGUGGUGGCGGAACAAGAUCUCGUGAAGACACGCGUAGACGCCCACCGUCGUCGCCACCGCCGCCGCCGACGUUGCGCGUCGCGACCUUUUCAUGAGGAGACAUGCCUCUUUUACCUCGUAGCGAGCUCUCUCUUUCUCCGUUUCUCUGCUUAUGUAUCUCUGUCUCUCUCUGUCUCUCUCCCCCCCCUCUCUCCCUCUCUCUCUUCCUGUCUACACUUAUCUGCCUCACUUCCGGCCAGUCUUCAUCAAUUAGAGGAAUCCCGAAAGCGUCGUCCACUCGCGAGUUUAAUCGCGUUGACGCUCGCAUUAAUUAAUUGUAACUUUUCAAGUCUCAUUGUAUCGUCGAGAAGAUGCAUGUACCGGAAUAACGCCAGCAUCUGUCGAAACGACUGGACGGCGUUUUUAAGUAAUCACGAUAGCUCUCUGACGAGUCGUCACGAGGUUUGAUUCCGCAAUUCCUAAUGAUUCCGAAUCAAGAAUGCCGGAACGUUCAAGAAAUUAAUCGAGAACCUUGGGAUUUGCCAAGGAACUAGGCUGACUUUCUACACAGAGCGUUGUAACUUUUAUAACACUUCGCGAAGAAGACUCUGUCAGUUCACGAACCAGACACGACUUCGUGCUUAUUAUACGUGUACAUGGAAUUUCGCGCGUCGUCGGAUCCUCUAGUCGGUCGAAGUUCCUUCCUCGUACAAUGUGUUUUAAGGCACCUUGUAAUCCUUCGAGAAUCCGUUCAGAGAGAACAUUGUAUUCUAGUUCAUGUAGUCCCGCGCUCUAAGCAGAAACAUCCUCCUGGAUGUUCCGGGAUUGAGACUUUAUUUCGCAGUCAGGUCGAGCAAUCACGUUAACGAUACGUUCUCGCAUUUACGCUCGUUCCUACGUUUUCAUUUUUUUCUUUUUUGGUCAAAAGAAAUAAAUAUUCCAGAUCCCCUCUUUCCCUCCUAGAGUACCUAAGUGACGCAAAAAUUCUAUAAUCCAAGAAUCUAAAGACCGUAGAACCUAAAGAUCCACAGUUCCUAGAAUCUAACACCCAACGAUCCAAAGACCUUAGAAUCUAAGUACGCAAAGAUCUUAGUACGUAAGGAUUCAGAGAUCUUACAAUUUUAAGGAGGCAUUCAACGUCGUAGAAAUGUAAGGAUCCAGGCUAUCUCGCAGAAUGCAAGAUCCAACAAAAUCGAGCAUUCAAAGAUUCUAGAAUUUAAGAGCACGGAAGAGAAACAUUAAAAAUCUCUAAGCGUCUAAUGAUCACACAUGACAUCCCCCCGGCGAAUUGGAUUUCUUUUUGGCGAAAGUAUGAGAGAGAUGAGCAUCAUUGUUAACGAUCUUUUCUUUCGAGAUCCACACUCGAGAGUGAAAUGCGAAAAGCAUCGACGAGAAUUUCGUUUACGCAAGAUCGAAGGCACAACGAGGAGAAAAAAAAAAAGAAAAAGUGGCUGCGUACUUUGGCGAUCAAUUGUCGACUUGAACCGUCGAAGCAACAAUCGCUCGAGACGCACCAGAAAAUCACACAGAUUCUGUCGUCUAUUUUGUCAUAUGCUGUAAUCAACAUUAUCGCAUAGAGUUAUACGAGAGGAAGAGGACGACGAGAUCGACCUCUCUCUCUCGUCGGAUCCCUCCGCUGAAUCAUCAUUGAAGAAAAAUUAAAAGAUCCCGUUAUCGUAUCGAUGAACCGUCAGUACCGCGUCGACGUAGAAGUAAAUCACGAGAGCGAGACCGAUCAGACAGUCGUCGGUGCUGACUAAUUGAGACAUUGCGUUUAUACAUUUUUUUGUCGCUUUUCGUUGCUAUCACGUUCAGUUAGAGGCCAUCAACGAGAAAAGAUGAUGAGCGGUGCACACCCGCCCGCACAAGAGAGUGAGUCUCGCGAUUGAGUUGUUACACGAGUUACAUCACCGAUCGACAGUUCGAUGGAUCUCCGUUUCUCGCUGCAUUUUCGGUUCGUUCAAUUGGCGAUCCUGGUUUCUCUUUUCCUUUUUUCCCCUAUUUUUUUACGGAAUCGUACGACGAUGACCUGUUGCCGUUACAACAGUGGGAUUGUCAAGUCUCUUGCCAAGCAAUCCCGCCUCUUGUAUGUUUCCGAUUUUAAUAAAUCAUUUUCAUAAACACGCAUUUCCCGUGGUCUUUUAUUUUAUUUUUUGUCGAAUUACCUUCUCCUGUUUUUUUACCUUAAUUUUUUAAAAGAUCGUUGUGGAUAUCGAUUGAUUGAGUUACCUCGCGCGAUCAUUCUCCGAAUUGCGAUCGGUCAGCAACGAGGAGAUUGCAAAGUCAUCGUGACUCGAUCAAGCAAACUUGCAAAGUUGCAAAAUUGCGGCGGAAAGCCUGUUGCUAUACUAGCAUUUUAUGUAGAAAUUGUAAUCAGAUUUGGUUUCAUUUUCGGCAAUGUUUUGUUACGCAAAUUUCAAUCUUUAUUAUUUUUACUAAAUAAUUUAUAUAGUUAUUUUAUAUUCUUGUCAUUGAUCGUUAGAUCCAUAAUUCAACGAGUUCUAUCAGUUAGAUGAAUAAGAUGAAACGGUGUGCGAUAAUAAGAUAUAAGCGCGAUUAACGAGAGAGUACAAAUAAUUAAUCGAUAUAAAGGAUUUAAUUGAUAGCGAUGUCGAAACACGAUAGAGAAGAAGAAAAAGAAAAAUACACUAUAACACACCGUGGAGUGCUUUUUGAAGCAUUACUAUUCGUUGCUAAUAGAUCACUGUUGCAUGCUAAACUAAAUUUGUGUAAAAUAUAUCUAUGAAAUAAAGAUUAUAUUUAG